GUUCUUCUCAUACCUUUCGCCUUCCUGAGCUUCUUUUUCUUCUCUUCUCUAAUCAAUCCGUGGCUUCAUUGCAAUCAAUCCUCUGCUUCUUCUCAUUAAAUGUGUCAAAUCUUCACUCCCCACCGGCGAAAAGACCAAGAAGAAGACUGUCGCAUCCUCCGAGAACGCUCAACGAGACGGGAAUUUCAUUUCCGAGUCCAACUGUUGGGUAUCACCGUUGCCUCCCCUCAACUUCGACUUCAAUUUAUUAUUAGCUAUUCAUCCUCUGCUCUGUAUUUCUCUCUUGACCUCGCUGGCCUGAUUAAUUUCACGAGGAAGCUCGCGAGGAGUAUGAGACAAAACAACUGUUUUUUUUAGGUUUUUGUUUUCCUUUGAUCUUUGAAGAAAGUCAAUAGUCUUUGAUACUGUAUUCCACUGUUUUUUUUUUUUUCUUACACAGGUAUAGUACAAAGCGUACACACUGGUUCUCCUUCGCUUGCUUUCUAAACCAUUUGCUCAGAACUCUCCAUCUAAUUUAUUAUGAGGAACAUGUAGUUCAAAAUAUUGGCGAAUGUGGAAGAUUAAUAAAGGAAAAAAAAAAUUGAAAAUUAGUUUCAUGGUCUUCUUUUUCAGUCUGGCGUUAGUUGGUGGAACUCUUUUGUGGAAGAUAUUGGCUUCGGUGGAGUCUUUUGCUGUAUAACACGACUAUCAUAAGAUUUGGAAAAGCCAUGUCUUUAACAUUCUUAUGUGUGAGCAAAGAUGUUAAAGGGUGUCUUUACGGAGAUCAAGAACAAAUUUCAGGCUGCAGUUGAUAUUCUCCGCAAGGAAAAGAUCACCCUUGACCCUGAGGACCCAACUGCCGUUAAACAGUAUGCUAAUGUCAUGAAGACCAUCAGGCAAAAGCAUACAUGUUCUCCGAAUCUCAACGCAUCAAAUAUGAUAUUGAGAACGAGACUAAAGAGAUCCCAGAUGCUCGUGCUUACCUCUUGAAGUUGACGGAGAUCCGCACCAGGAGGGGGCUUACUGAUGAGUUAGGUGCUGAGGCCAUGAUGUCCGAGGCUUUGGAGAAAGUUGAAAAGGAUAGAGAGAAGCCUCUCUUGAGAAGCACAAGAAAGGAAUGGAUCUUUUGGUUGCAGAAUUCGAAAAAGGCAACAAAAAGCUUGGGAUUAGGAAAGAAGAUCUUCCUAAAUACGAGGAGAACUUGGAGCUGAGCAUUGCCAAAGCGCAGCUGGAUGAGCUGAAGAGUGA